AUGUGGAGCAAUGAAAAACAAGAUUGGAAAACGGAAACCUGGCUAGGCUUGCAGGAGCUUAGAUGGAACGACAAAGGUACCUUGGAUCUUCAAGACCCGACUAUAUUCUACGGAGAAUUCUUAGGCUAUUUUAAUGCCAAAUUGGGAACGGAAAACAUAUUCAGAGCAACCAUUGGUAAUCAUAGCAUGCAUGACAUAACUAGUGAGAACGGACUUAGGCUUAUUGACUUUGCAAGUGGUGGUGGACUUUUUGUGAAAAGUACAAUGUUCCCACGCAAAGAUAUCUACAAGGGUACUUGGAAAGCGCCUAAUGUCAGAGGAGCUGACUGUGAUUCAGACCACUACCUGGUAAAAGGAAAGCUAAACGUGAAACUUAAAAAAUUGGCAGUUAAAAAAGGUGCAAUUGUGAACAGUUAUAAAACAAUUAAGGAAACCUUAAAAGUAGUUACAGAUACGACGAUAGGUAAACAAAAAAAAAGUGAAGAAACUUGGUUCAACACUUCUUGUGAGGAGACACUUAACAGAAGGAAAGACGCUAGAUUACAAUGGAUCAAUGACCCCUCCAAUAGAGAGAAGGAAUCUACUUAUAAAGAACGCCAAAAAGAUGCAAAUAAUAUAUUUAGAUUUGAAAAACGUAAAUUCACGAAAGAUAUAUUGUGGGAAGCCGAGACCAACCACAGAGUUAACAAAAAUCGUGAACUGCAUCAGAAGAUUAAUUCAAUUUGGACUGGGUAUAAAAAACAUGAAUGA